AUGAAAUCAUUGUCAGUUUUACCAUUUUGGAGAGAGCACAGCUUAUUUUUACUAAGAAAGAUGAUGAACCCUUUGUCUUUCAGACCAAGGCAGCUCUAUAUCCAUGUCUUUGUGCAGUGGAGAUGUGUUUGUACCUCCAUCUCGGGAAAUUUGGAAGGGGUGGCCACAGGAAACAGCAUUAAAUUCGUGGAUGAUGAUUUGGUCAGGUUCAAUCUUCAGCAAUUGAUGCAGGACUGUAUAAGAAGGAGAUCUAUAUCAGAAGGGAAGAUCUGCCAUGCAAAGGUUAUCCAAGCUGGUCUGCAAAUGGAUAUAUUGAUGUCAAAUAUUCUAAUAAACAUGUAUUCCAGAUGCGAUUUCAUUGAUUUUGCAAAAGAGCUCUUUUCAAAGAUGCCUGAGAGAAGUGUAGUUUCAUGGAAUACAAUGAUCGGUGCUUAUACCCAGAAUCAAGAGAAAGAAGAGGCCCUUAAGCUUUUCAGAUUGAUGCUGAGGGAAGGAGUACAGCCUAAUGAGUUUACUCUUCCAAGUAUAUUUUGUGCAUGUGCAACAAAAAUGGCUCUUGUUGAAAGCAGACAGUUGCAUGCUUAUGUGAUUAAAAGUGCACUCCAUUCUAAUGUUUAUGUUGGGACGGCACUAUUGGAUGUAUAUGCAAAAUGCAAUUUAAUUAAAGAUUCUUCUUUUAUAUUUGAAGAUAUGCCUGAAAGGAGUGAUGUUACCUGGAGUUCAAUGAUAGCUGGAUAUGUGCAGAAUGACCUACAUGAAGAAGCUUUAGAACUGUUGCAUAGAGCUCAAAAACUGGGACUGGAACUAACCAAAUUUACACUUUCAUCUGCACUGAGUGCAUGUGCAAGCCUAGCUGCUCUAAUAGAAGGUAACCAGAUUCACUCAACGAUUAUUAAAUCUGGUUUGAACUUGGACCUCUUUGUAGUGGCUUCUCUGGUCGAUAUGUAUGCUAAGUCUGGGAACAUUGAAGAAGCUUAUUCUGCAUUUGCAAUUGCCAAUGAGAGGAACAUUGUCUUAUGGAAUGCAAUGAUCUCUGGCUUCUCACGACAUGCUCGUUGUAGUGAGACCAUGAUUGUUUUUGAAAAGGCCCAACAAUCAGGUGCAAAGCCGAAUGAGAUAACAUACAUCUCUGUUCUCUCUGCUUGUGGACGAGGUGGGUUCGUCAAUGAGGCUCGGCGUUAUUUUGAUCUAAUGAUCAGAGACUGCAAUGUGAAAACAAAUGUCAAUCACUAUGCAUGUAUGGUUGAUGUACUUGGCCGAGCUGGUAUGCUUUUUGAAGCUGAUGAGUUGAUCAAGAAGAUGCCAUUUGAACCCACUGCUUCAAUGUGGGGAUCUUUAUUGGGUUCAUGCAGGAUUCAUGGAAACAUUGAACUUGCAGAAAUUGCUGCUCAGCGUCUAUUUGAACUGGAACCUAGAAAUGCUGGGAACCAUGUUUUAUUAUCAAAUAUUUAUGCUGCCAAUGGAAAAUGGUUUGAUGUUUCAGAAUCAAGAAAGAGGUUGAAGGAUAGUGGAGUCCAAAAGGAGAAGGGGAGGAGUUGGGUUGAAGUCAAGGACACUGUGCACACAUUUGUUGUUGGCGAUAUGAACCAUUCAAGAAUUGAUGAGAUCUACAAAAAGCUGGAGGAUUUGACUGAAGAAAUAAAGGUAAUUGGUUAUAGAGUAGAGACUGAUCACGACCUGCAUGAUAUAGGGGAGGAAUUCAAGGAAAAGUUACUGAAGCACCAUAGUGAGAAGCUGGCACUUUCCUUUGCCCUCAUAAGCAUUCCUGUUGGCAUCCCAAUUCGGAUAAUGAAGAACCUUCGUGUGUGUGGUGACUGCCAUUCUUUUAUGAAAUUGGCAUCGAAAGUCACAGGGCGUCUCAUCAUUAUGAGGGAUACAAAUCGCUUUCAUCAUUUCAAGGAGGGUUGCUGUUCCUGUAGGGAUUACUGGUGAUGGUUAUGCAGGUUUAUGCCUUGGCCAUUCCUGUUGGCAUCCCAAACCGGAUAAAGAAGAAUCUUUGUGUAUGCGUGGUUAUUGCCGUUCUUCUAUGAAACUAUCUGGCCAUCUCAUGAUCAUGAGGAAUACAAAUUGCUUUCACCGUUUCAAGGUUGCUGUUCCUGCAGGUGCCACUGGUGAUGAUGAUGGAGGUUUAUGCCUUGGUCCUGUAAAACCAGUUCAAGGGAUGGGUAGCAUUUCUUUUCCUACACUAUCACAAGUUGUUGAGUGAGAACUAUCCCGCUGCAUUGCUUAAACAGUGUCCUAUUGAUAA